UUUUAAUUCUUCGCCACUCUCCUUGAAACCAAGAUACUCUGGAGUCCUGUCGUUUGACUGAGGAUACAAAGUCAACCAGGCGAGCUUUGCGGAGCCCGAGGUGUCCCGAGCCUCUAUAGAGUCUGCAAGAAUGCAUAAACGCGAGGUUGUGUUGUCAGUUCUCAGAUAUUCUCAGAGAAGGUCGGUAGCAACUGCUACAAAGAGAAAACCUGCUCCUGAAUCAUGGGACACAGCAGAGCCAAUCCUCCCCCCUGCUCCAGAUUUCAGUAAGUGGACACGUCCGCAUCCACAAUCUAAUAUGCAACGCUCGAGAGGGUCUACUUCAUCUUCUACCUUUCGGUCUGCAUCUCCAACUAGUCGUGGCGCACACCCUAGCAAUAAUGGACCAUCAAGUGUUAUGCGAGACUCGAAGUGGGGACGGUUUGAGCCUCACUCGUCACACGGAGGCGCGCGACCUUUGAGAUCCGUGGGCGGAUCUUCUGGUAACGGGUUUCAGAGAGAUUCCGCACCUCAUGAAGGUCGGAAACCUUUCAAGAACGACAUACCACUCGUCAGACAUGUUUCCGAACGAGGCUCUCGACCUGUCAAAUCUGAGUCACCUAGUACUAAAAAUAUUCCUAGGAUACCGGAUCGGUCAUCUUCUCAGCACUUGGCGAGUGAAAACAGUAAUUCUCCAGAUGUACAUGGUUCGCGGACGAAUCGCAACACUCGGAACAAUUUCAAAGAUCGAGGUUCACUAGUACACAGCAGGCGUGAUGACAUUUCAAUUCCAAGCCAUCCUCGGGUGCACAAUGAUAAGGCUAAACCUGUUUCGAAGGAGAAGAAAGUCAAAGUCAAACACGCCCGAAAAGUUGCAGUCGACCUCUUCAUCCCCAGUACCGUUUCUGUUGGUCAAUUAGCAAGGUUGCUCAAUGUACGACAAGCGACACUGGUUCGGAAGAUGAUAGAAGCUGGGAUGGAAGCUGAGGCUUCUCAUGACCAUGUCUUGACUUCUGACUAU